GUGAGACUUGCCUAGACCAGUAUCUAUGAGAUUCCAGUGGGAUUUAUCAUCUGCCCAAGUGGCGAGAACCUCGUGGACACACCAAGUUUUGGGGGUCUUUUGAGCUCAAGUCGUUGUUGGAGACAGCGAGAGAGAGAGUGUGAGAGAGGUGGAGUAGAAUGCGAGUGUCCAUGAACUGACUGCUCAUAGGGAGAGUUUUGUUUGGUUGCCGUGUUGCAGCUUCAGCCAUGGCACCCCGGCGUUUGGAGGGUGGGUUGGUGGUGUUGCUCCUGCUGCUGAGUACAACGGAAAUUUUGCAUGCAGCGAGGCACUAUGCGUCCGACCCAACCCAUGCGACGGCUAUCAUCAUCGGAGCGGGCAUGUCAGGCAUCAGUGCGGGGAAGCACUUACACGACAAAGGUGUGAAAGACAUCAUAAUACUGGAGGCGAGACAUGAGAUAGGCGGGAGGAUGAUGACACACACGUUUGGGGAUGUUGUCAUUGAGAAAGGCGCCAAUUGGAUCGAGGGCACUGAUGGUCCUCAGGUCAAUCCAAUCUUGCCCUUUGCCAGGGAGAUUGGGCUCAUUACUGAUUAUUCCCCCUUCGAAAACACUUCUCAAAACAUCUACGACGCCUCAGGUUUUGUUAAUCCUACACUCGCAUUAUCUCAAUCCGAAAUGGUCGAACAACUAUAUGAAUCCACCGAAACCUUAUCAGAGGACUUGACGAAAGGAGAGGAGAUGGAUGUAUCGGUGCUUGUAGCCCAGCGGUUCUAUGGCAGUAGAGAUGGUGUUAGACUUAUAUCACAACGACUAUGAAUACGCCGAACCUCCGAGAGUGACGAGUUUGAAGAGCACGCAGCCCCUUCCGACGAUUACCAAUUUUGGAGAAGCUUUUCAAUUCGUUCAUGAUCCCCGCGGAUUUAAAUCCAUAGUCCAUCAUUUGGCUAAAUCGUAUCUUGCUUUCAACAACGAGACGAUCACCGAUCCACGCCUCAAGUUUAACAAGGUUGUUCGCAAGGUGGAGUAUACCAAAAAGGGAGUAAAAGUGACGACAGAAAACGGUUAAGUGUACACUUCCGAUUAUGCCAUUGUGUCUGUUAGCCUGGGCGUGCUCCAGAGCAAACUGAUAGACUUCGUGCCCGAUUUGCCGUUUUGGAAGCUUAAAGCUAUCUACGCAUUCGACAUGGCAGUAUACACCAAGAUAUUUUUAAAAUUCCCCUACACAUUCUGGAACAUCGGUCCCGGGACGAAGUUUUGGUUGUAUGCGGAUGAGCGCCGAGGCUACUACCCGAUCUGGCAGAACUUGGACAGCGAAUUUCCAGGGAAGAAUAUUCUCAUGGUGACUGUUACAGACGAAGAGUCCCGCCGCAUUGAGCAACAGGAGGACAGUGAAACACUACAAGAGAUCAUGGCUGUGCUGCGCAACAUGUUCGGGUCCAAGGUCCCUGAAGCCGAGAGCAUCUACGUGCCAAGAUGGUUGGCUGAUCCCUUCUUCAAAGGCACCUUCUCCAACUGGCCCAUCGGCGUGGAAUCCAACAUCUUCAUGCAACUUCAAGCGCCGGUCCAAACUAUCUACUUCACCGGCGAGCACACAAGCGAGGAGUACAAUGGCUAUGUUCAUGGCCCUUACUUGCAAGGUAUAGAGUCUGCGAACUCUUUACUCAAUUGCAAGGUCCGUGGGAAAUGCGGCAAGUCAGAGAAAGUGUACAAAGGGCUUUCGAAGGAAUGUGUAGAACGACUAGAGGAGGAGAGAGACCGCCAGAAAACACUUUGGGCUAAGAAGCUUGCGAAGCUUCAACAGAAGUUAGACAAUGCUACUGGAAUCCACUGAGUCCGACUUUGUUGGACCCGAUUUUCCACAGCAGCAGUGCCUGAAAAUUAUGUUCACGUUUGAACAGUUUUAGCCUUCCCAUCCUGUUUAGCCUUCCCACCCUGCUGGGUUUAAUAACAUUUUCUACCACCAUAUUCAUUCA